UCGCGGUGUCCGGCCGGAGACGGUUCAGAGUGUCGGAGGACGAGGGAGGCAGAGAGGGAAGAAGACGAGGUUCAUCAGUCCACCAUGGCGCUGCGGGACGAGCUGUUGAAGUCCAUCUGGCACGCCUUCACCGCGCUGGACCUGGACAAGAGCGGGAAAGUCUCCAAAUCUCAGCUCAAGGUGCUGUCCCACAACUUAUGUACAGUGAUGAAUAUCCCACACGACCCAGUGGCGCUGGAGGAGCACUUUAAAGACGAUGACGAGGGUCCUGUCUCCAACCAGGGGUACAUGCCCUACCUGAACAAGUUCAUCCUGGAUAAGGUGACGGACAACUUUGACCGCCAGGACUUCAACACAUUGUGCUGGACUCUGUGCUCCAGGAAAAACCUGAAGCAAGGUCAGCUGCUCAUCUCCAACGACGAUGCAUUCAAGAUCUGGUGCAUCUUCAACUUCCUGUCCGAGGACAGAUAUCCGCUGAUUGUCGUCACUGAGGAGAUCGAGUACUUCCUGCACAAGCUGACGGACGCGAUGGGGGGCAGCUGGAUGGAGGAGCGCUUCGAGGAUUACAGGCUGGACUCGAAGCAGCAGUGUCUGAGCGCCUGGGAGCUCAUCGGCCUGGUGGGCUCGGGCCACUUCAGUAAAGGCAUGGACCGGCAGACGCUCUCCAUGGGCAUCACCGAGGUCUACCAGGAGCUCAUCCUGGACGUACUCAAACAGGGCUAUAUGAUGAAGAAGGGUCACAAGAGGAAGAACUGGACCGAGCGCUGGUUCAUGCUGAAGCCAAACUCCAUGUCCUACUACGUGGGCGAGGACCUGACCGACAAGAAAGGAAACAUCUUACUGGAUGGAAACUGCAGUGUGGAGCCUUUACCAGACAAAGAGGGAAAGAAGUGCCUCUUCCUCAUAAAGUCGUCCCUGAAAAGCUUUGAAAUCAGUGUGUCGGACAAGAAGAAGAAACAGGAGUGGAUCCAGGCCGUUCAGACCUGCGUGAGUCUGCUGCGUCAGGGCCGACCGGCGCCGCAUCGCGAGGCUCGGCAGAAGCGACGGGACCUGCGGCUGCGGCAGCAGGCGGAGCAGGAGGAGCUGGAGCUGAGGAUGAGGGAGCUGCAGACGGCCAACGAGGCCAAACAGCUGGAGCUGGAGAACAUGAGGAAGGCUCUGGAAGAGGCAGCGGCUAAUGCAGCGGAAGAAGAACGAAGGCGACUUCAGACCCAAACUGAGAUCCAGGACCGCUACAGAGUGGACCUGGAGAGAGAGAAAACCGUACGGCAGCAGAUGGAGGAGCAGGUGGCUCAGAAGUCCACGGAGCUGGAGCAGUACCUGCAGCGGGUCCACGAGCUGGAGGACAUGUACCGUCAACUGGAGGACGCUCUGGAGGACGAGAGGCGCGCCCGACAGGACGAGGAGACUGUCCGCAAGCUGCAGGCACGGCUACUGGAGGAAGAGGCCACCAAGAGGGCGGAGCUGGAGCAGAUCCAUCUGCGGCAGCAGCUGGCCAUCUCCGAGACAGAGGCAGAGAAGCAGGAGCUGGAGAGGGAGCGUGUGGCCAAGGAGAGCGCCCUGCAGGCUGCGAUGACACAACUGGAACACCUGGAGCAGGAGAGGCAGGGGGCCCUGGAGCAGUACCUGACAGUGAUGAAGAAGCUGGAAGAUGCAACCAACAACACAAAGACCUGGAAGCACAAGGUGGCUGAACAUGAAGGCUUAUUACGGCUCAUUCAACCAGGUUCCAAGGAACAGAAGCUGAUCACCAACUGGGGCCCAGCAGCCUUUUCUGAUGCAGAGCUCAGUCUUAGGCAGAAGCAAUGGCAGGAGACGAAGAACCAGACAACGCAGGCUCAGUAGAUCCACUGUAACCUGAACAUUAAACGUGUCUGAAACUCAGAGGACAGGGCUGCUGUGAUAAAACACGUCCAAGUAGUGACUGGAAGGUCACAACUGGAUUUACCAGGAUAAUGUGGGAGAUUUUACGUUACAGAGCAUUAAAAGUUUUAACAAGUUUCCGUCGCAUUUCCACAACUUAGUAUAGCAGUGGAAGUAGGAGAAGUCCUUUUUGUUCCUACACGUAGUGAGUAGGAACUCAACCAAAUAUCUAAGUUUGAAGAGUUCAUCUCACAAUGGAUGCUGCCAGUCUUUUAGUUUAUUAACAGUGGACUGGGCAGUUUACUGAAAGUCACGUGUCCAUGCAACGACUUAUUAUAAUUAUUUUCUUCCCCUUAAUCCCGACUGUAUAUCUAUUAAAUGCACUACUUUUGGCCAGAGUCUGCCCAACACAAAUUUGUUGAAGCUGUUGUAAAGUUUAUCAUCUAGGGUCAACAAUAUCUAUCCUUUUGUAAAAUCUUUGAGAAGUGUGAGCUACAGAAAUUGAUACAAACUGCUCUUUUCUUCUUUGGGGAGGUUUUUGUACAUUUUUUAACAAUGGUUUCUUACUAAAGGCAGAAUCCAUAAUUGUGUUUAACAAAGGAAAUAUCAUGUACAAUUCACUGAAUUGUUUGUUAUUGUUUUCUCUGUCUAACUAACCAGCCCUUGAACAUUUCCUGUUUGUAGAUACAUUUUGCAGAGGCCUCACUCUGAACAUGAAUCCUAACUGCCAAACCCGUGUUGCUGUAACCUCCUGUGCCUUUGAUACUGUUGUGAGUGAACAAUGUGAUUUGUAUUUUAUGUUUUUAUACACAUGUAAAAAGCUGAAGUAUGAACAAUGUUAUAAAACAUCUUGAAUAACUGUAUGCUCUAGUCUGUCUGAAACACACUGUACUGCAGAUCUGAAUACAAGACAUACAAGAAACUUUUUUUUAAAAUGACAAACUACUAUGGACCUGUAACAGAUAGUCGGCAGAAAAAUAUCAUUUUGUAAACAAUAAAUCUAAGUAUUGCAAAAAUUCCCCAAAAAUAUGUCCUGCUUUUCUACAAAUGUAUAUACGCAGACAAUUUAUCACUUAAAAUAAUCCAUUCAGCCCUAAAGGUACAGUAAGAUGCAAACUGGUUCAAAGCUCAAUGAUCACCUUGUUGCCAGAACCUCAGGAGGGCGCUAAACGUCCACAUCACUGUACAGAGGCUAAACAACUCCAGUAUGUGAUGGAGUCACACUUACUGUGAAACUUAAAGGGGCAGUGAGCCAUUCUGGACAUAGCUUGCAGCGCCAGCACUCUUGAUAAAGUGUCGACGAGUGAUGUUUACAAACUGCGCUCAUGGUGUUGUGUGGUUCGGUCUGCACCAGAAAUUGUUUUCGACUUACAGAGCCUGGGCUGCACCGAAAACCCAGAUUUCUUUUCACCGCACACAGAACCGACAGCUAACGGCCGGUGAGAAAAUAUUCGCUGAUUUUUACAAAACGUGUAUCGCUCCAGAAUGGCUUACUGCCCCUUUAACUGUGGCUCAUCUGAGGAGAGAAUCAUGACACGGUUACUUCAUGUCCAUGACUUCAUUGUCAAGAACUUCAGUUUUUCCAAAAUAAAGAUGAUCACUGUCUUCUGUC